GCCUUGACCCCAGCAGCCCUUGAAGUCACCACAAUGUGGUCCCUACCAGCUGCCUUCCCCCUGCUCCUGCUGCUGGGCCAGACCUCUCCCAGCAGGCUGCAGUCACUGAGCACCAUGAAGCUACGGCUGGUGGGCCCAGGGAGCAGGCUGGAGGAGGGCCGCCUGGAGGUGCUGCACCAGGGCCAGUGGGGCACCGUGUGUGAUGACGACUUUGCGCUUCAGGAGGCCACAGUGGCCUGCCGCCAGCUGGGCUUUGAAGCCGCCUUGACCUGGGCCCACAGCGCCAAGUAUGGCCCAGGGGAGGGACGCAUCUGGCUGGACAACGUUCACUGUGUGGGCACAGAGAGCUCCCUGGACCAGUGCAGGUCUAAUGGCUGGGGCGUCAGUGACUGCAGCCACUCGGAGGACGUCGGGGUGGUGUGCCACCCGCAGCGCCAGCGUGGCUACCUUUCUGAGAGGGUCUCCAAUGCCCUCGGGCACCAGGGCCGGCGGCUGGAGGAGGUGCGGCUCAAGCCCAUCCUUGCCAGUGCCAAGAGGCAGAGCCUGGUGACCGAGGGAGCUGUGGAGGUGAAGUACGAGGGCCACUGGCGGCAGGUGUGUGACCAGGGCUGGACCAGGAACAACAGCAGGGUGGUGUGCGGGAUGCUGGGCUUCCCCAGCGAGGCGCCUGUCGUCAGCCACUACUACAGGAAAGUCUGGAAUUCGAAGAUGAAGGAUCCCAAGUCUAGACUGAAGAGCCUGACAAAGAAGAAUUCCUUCUGGAUCCACCGGGUCAACUGCCUGGGAACAGAGCCCCACAUGGCCAACUGCCAGGUGCAGGUGGCACCAGCCCAGGGCAAGCUGCGGCCGGCCUGCCCGGGGGGCAUGCAUGCUGUGGUCAGCUGUGUGGCAGGGCCCCUCUUCCGCCCUCUGAAGGCGAAGCCCGGGAGCAAGGAGUCCUGGGCAGAGGAGACGAGCAUGCGCCUCCGCUCCGGGGCCCAGGUGGGCGAGGGCCGGGUGGAGGUGCUCAUGAACCGCCGGUGGGGCACGGUCUGCGACCACGGGUGGAACCUCAUCUCCGCCAGCGUCGUGUGUCGUCAGCUCGGCUUCGGCUCUGCUCGGGAGGCCCUCUUUGGGGCCCAGCUGGGCCAAGCGCUGGGGCCCAUCCACCUGAGUGAGGUGCGCUGCGGGGGAUAUGAGCGGACCCUCAGUGACUGCCCCUCCCUGGAAGGCUCCCAGAAUGGUUGCCAACAUGACAAUGAUGCUGCCGUGAGAUGCAACAUCCCUAACUUGGGCUUCCAGGAUCAGGUGCGCUUGGCCGGCGGACGCAGCCCCGAGGAGGGGGUGGUGGAGGUGCAGGUGGACGUGAACGGGGUCCAGCGCUGGGGGGCCGUGUGCAGCGACCACUGGGGCCUCAGUGAAGCCAUGGUGGCCUGCCGACAGCUUGGCCUGGGCUUUGCCAGCCAUGCCAUCAAGGACACCUGGUACUGGCAGGGGACGCCGGGGGCCGGAGAAGUGGUGAUGAGCGGGGUGCACUGCUCAGGCACAGAGCUGGCCUUGCAGCAGUGUCAAAGGCACGGGCCGGUGCACUGCUCCCACGGCACAGGGCGCUUCUCAGCCGGAGUCUCCUGCACAGACAGUGCUGCAGACCUCGUGCUGAACGCCCAGCUAGUGCAGGAGACGGCCUACCUGGAGGACCGCCCGCUCAGCCAGCUGUACUGUGCUCAUGAAGAGAACUGCCUCUCCCAGUCAGCUGACCGCAUGGACUGGCCCUACGGACACCGGCGCCUCUUGCGCUUCUCCUCACAGAUCCACAACCUGGGCCGGGCCGACUUUCGUCCCAAGACAGGACGCCACAGCUGGAUUUGGCACCAGUGCCACAGGCACUACCACAGCAUUGAGGUCUUCACCCACUAUGACCUACUCACUCUCAAUGGCUCCAAGGUUGCUGAGGGGCACAAGGCCAGCUUCUGUCUAGAGGACACAAAUUGCCCUACAGGAAUGCAGAGGCGCUACGCAUGUGCCAACUUUGGGGAACAGGGCGUGACCGUUGGCUGCUGGGACACCUACCGACAUGACAUUGAUUGCCAGUGGGUGGAUAUCACAGACGUGGGCCCUGGGGAUUAUAUCUUCCAGGUGGUCGUGAACCCCAAGCUCGAGGUGGCAGAGUCCGAUUUCUCGAACAACGUGAUGCGGUGCCGCUGCAAAUAUGACGGGCAACGGGUCUGGCUGCACGACUGCCACACAGGGGACUCGCACCGAGCUGACACAGAGCGCUCCCUGGAGCAGGAGCGGCGUCUCAGGAACAACCUCAUCUGAAGGUGCCCCUGCGCGCCCCCAGCUGCUGCCCACACACCAGAUACCUCAGCUUAUCGGGGCCAUGCCCUUCACAGAGCCCUAACUCAGAGGGUAAGGGGCCAGUGCCCAGGGGCACCAAGAACCUGCUCAGGAAGCCUUUUGAUGGCAAGAUCACCAAACCAGGACGGCACUGCUCCCUCAGGAUGGCUCUGGGUCUGUCCCCUGAGGGCCUUUGGUCUCUGGACUGUGGCCUUCAGGCUUUGUUCAGCUGAGCUCCUCUUCCUUAGGAGACCCAGUCUUUCCCGGAUCUUGCCCCAGAGUUCCUGGUUCAGGAGCUGUCAGUUCCUUAGGAAUGGACUGUGGCCCAGUCCCCCAUCUAAAUGGUGCUUUGCAAAUGUCUUGGAGGAGGACCAAAGUACACAGGAGGAGAGGUCAGCUCUCUGCUAGGAGCUCUGUGCAACACAACUUGUAUCAAAGUCACAAAUGGCAAAGAAGCUGGUGAAUUCAGUCCCUUGCUUGAUAUGUCCCCAUUCAGAAUUCAGCUACCAUACUCUCUGUCUGUUCUUUAGUGCCCUUACCUUUAUCCUACUGCACAUAUGGGUGUUUCUAAUAUCCCUGGAAGCUUAGGCCUCAAGCAUCCCCUUAUCUCCUGACGGGCCCAAACCACCAGUUACUGAGUGCUUGAGACGGGGCAAGAUCCACAGGAGUGGCCAGAUAUGGCCUUCCCGCAGAGCAGCAAGAGGAGGCGGAACAGAAAGAGUCCCGGGGUGCUGCGGACCCCAGCUGCUGCCAGGCCCUCUGCCAAGGGAAGAACACUUGCCCUAAUCCCAGCAGGCAAGGUCACCGUGCGCCUCAGGACUGGCCUAAAGGUCAGGUCCCCCAGGCUUCUGGAGUGAAUUUUGCAUUGAAUAAAGUUUUGCAGUGGAAAGAACAUGGGUCAAACAGGCCGCUCAUCUCUGCAGGAAAAAGAAGACAGGUCUGGUAGAGUGGAGGACAGGAGACUACGGAGAGGUCAGAAGGGGGAACAUUUAAUUUAGUUAAGGACUAAAGCUAGGAAAGGCCACCAUCCCUGCUUGACGUGGCUGUGAUAGGCCCUUGCUCAAGUGAUAUAAAAUCCCAUGGUCUUCCUGGACAUGAUUCUUUAUCCUGUCUCCACUAAGACACACUUGAGAGAUGAUCCUUACAGGUCUGAUGCCCUAAUGCCAAUAAAGGUUGCUCACUGUGGACUGCUAUAGACAAGACUGGCUGUGAUUCUUGGCAGUUCCCAGCAGCCUAACUCUACCCCUUUUCACUCCUGGUGACCUGGUUACUAAGAUGUGUGGAGCCCACACACUACUCACAACAGCCCCACUGCACUUCUCCGACAUCAGCCUACAGUCUGCUUCGCAAUUCCCUCCCUAGGCUCCGUGGUGAAACGUGGGUUGGAAAGGUUAAGGGAUGAAAAGUAAGAGGAAAGAAGGAAAAGUCCAAAGAUGGUACGCUUUUACAACCAAGGCUGCAAGGCCAGAGUGAAUGGCGGUAGAUGCGGCAAAAUUACAAUCGUCUUCCCGUCCUCACACAUGAGAGCUGCCCUUCCUUAGCCAGUACAAAGGGACCCGCUCUGGGGUAUCCUCUGUGAAUACAAAGAGGUGCGCUUUUCCUUCUUCUCCUCUACCAUUCCUCUUCUCAACUGCCUCACCUCCUUCAUUAGUGCAGAGGGAGCACUAUACUUUGGCAUAUGGCAGUUUAGGUAAACAAGGGAAGGACUGAUUUCCUGUUGGAUCCAGCAGACAUCUCCCAAACAGUAACAACAUUAUACUCACUCGCAUAUGCACCCAAUGGUCUGUGAAAGAACGUGUAGCUGGCGGGGGAGCGUGUGGUGACUGAUGACUAGAUUCAGGCAGGGAGGUUACCCACAGCUUCUGGCUGGAUCCAAGUUUCCAAGAAGGCCAGAAAAAGCAGGCCAGGCAGCCAGCCACCGGCUCUGGCCUCAGUCUUGCUGCCCACAUCACACAUUUGAUAGGUGCAGCCAGUUCUAAUUCUCGGAAAAAGCUAUACAAGGGUUGUGCUGUUACACCUCAAACUUGAAAGGGAAGGAUAUGGGAAGAUGCGGCUGGCAUGACUUGUAACUAGAUGAGGAAUGUUAGCAGAAUACCAACCACCAAAUUCCAGACAGAACCAAAAAUGUCUGAUGAUCUUUGCCUCGGCGUUCUUGUCUCAGAGAAACUGAAGUACUAGGAACCUCAGCUUACCAUUCAGAUGCCUAAUUUAUUCCUGUUCCACAAAGACUUCCACUCCAUGAGGAGUAUACUGGAACUCAAGGGGAAUGUAUCUAUCUACUAUAAAUUCCAGGUGAUACUGGGAUUCAGAAGUUCAACAUACAGGAAGCAACAUAUAACACACAGCAGAGUGCGUUAGCUGUCUUCUCAAAUAUCUACCAAAGGAGCCAGUGGCAGCUACAGGGUGCUCUCCAGUUAGCUCAGUGUACAAAGGCAUGGUGUAGAUAUGACCAAGGAUCUGGUUCCUGUCUGGACAAGAUCAAGUAGUCCGUGCUGG